AUGUCCGAUUCUACAACGCGCCCACAGCGCUCUGAGAGGACACCCACUUCGUGUGGGGAAUGCAGGAGACGGAAACAACGAUGCAACCAGGCACAGCCCUGUGGCAACUGUGCGCGGAGAUAUCCACCACCUGUCUGCGAAUACAAAACACAUAAUCAGAGGCACGGUGACGGGCCGGGGCCGUCGGGUCAAUCCUUGGCAUCCAGUCCCGGCCUCCUGCCCCUUCCAUUCUCUGGGGACGAGCACGUCGCCCUGGAUGGUGUCGACCAGCCUCUGUUGCCGCCUAGAACAGCCUUCUCCCUGCAGCAGGCGCCCUGGUCUCCUGUCAUUCAGAGUCCAGCAUACUGGUCCAGCUUGGACUUCGACUCACAGUAUCAGCUUCAAUCCCCAGCAGGUUCGAUCAACCAAAGGCAGAACCUCUGGGCACCUGUGUAUCCGGACGCCGUGAGCCCUCUGGCAGCGACUGUGUGUAGCUUCGACUGUGAAAUCCACACUGAAGCCUAUCACGAUGCCCUCGUUCUGUUGAACCGGAGAAACCAGUUGCCAGCUCAGUUCAUCCACGGGUGGCAGCCCACCAGGACGGAUGAGAUAAUGUCAUGGUUCGUUCAGCAGGAACACGUCCCAUCCUCACCGCCGCUCGUCUGCGCAGAUGGUCAGGUACAUCAACCAGCACUACCAACGAGGCAGGAUGGCGAGAUGCUGCGUGUCUUUGUCAACCUCAUCUCCCGCUUCAAAGCAUCCCUUGACGGCGAGCCUGACCCGGCUUCAAAUCUGUAUACAAAGCAUUACAUCCCCUUCUGCCUACACAACCCCAUGCUCGCCCAGAUAGCCAUCUACACGGCCGCAUGCUUUCUCAACGACACUUGUCCCAGUGUGGUGGAUGACACCACCGCCAUGACGCGGAAGGGCGAUGCCAUCUGCAUGCUCGAGACGCACCUCCGCACCACGGGGUCGACGACGGACGAGGCCAUUGCGGGAGUGAUGCAGCUGAUACUGAACGAGUGGUACUGGGGCGGCAGGAAGGAGCUGGAGGCCCAUCUGGGCGGGCUGCGGGAGAUGGUCAGGUCCAGGGGCGGGCUUGCAAACUUGGGUCUGGGCGGUUUGCUGGCCAAGUUGAUCAUCAUGUAUUGCCCACCCGAUCAAGUCCUCUUCCCUUUAAGCCAUGCUGAUUCCUCAUUACUCAGGACCGACAUAACCAUCGCACUAUCUCUGGAAAUCGAGCCAUACCUGCAGGAGGAUCUCCCGUUCGAAUCUCCCGAGGCUACCCACGUGCCGUUCCGGGUUUUCCUCAACACGCCCUUUGUGUCACCACUCGUUCCUUUCAAGACAUGCGCAGAGCCUCUGAAGCUUCACGACACCACCGCCCGUAUCCUGGAUGACAUGAGGUUCCUCAUCGGGCUCGCGCUGUCCCUCCCGGCAGACUGCUCCCAGAAGGACCUGCAGAAGCUACAGACCACCUCGACGUGGAUAUAUGACCGCAUCUCGGGCCUGCCGGAAGAGGCCGGGGCGGUACCGCAGCACAGAGCAUCCGAGGGUCUCAUAAUACCAAACCCAAGCACCACAGCGGCGUUCGGGCCGCCGCCGCAGUCCGUCCGCCGCGCGUCGUCGGCAGCGAGCCCGCGGAGGGCCGUCUUCCCGGGCAGCGGCAUGCCAGACCACCACGCCGCCCGCCCGCCGCAGCAGCAGCCCCUGCUUCCCGAGCUGGAAGACGCGGCGGCAGCAGCAGCAGCACCCACGGCCCCGGACGUGAUAUACCAGGCCGUCCGCCAGGCGGCCCUGGUCUACGCGCGUGCCAUCAUGCUGCGGAGGCCGCUGCGGGACCCGAGGGUCUGCAGCGCCGAGGACUUCGCGCGGCUGUGGACGACGGUGUGGCGGGUGCCGCUGCGGGCGUGGAAGGCGCUGCUCGGGGUUUUUGUGUGGGGUGCUGUGCGUCACGCCCGCCUCGGCAGGCACGCCGCACGAGCGGGAUAUGAUAUCUAA